UUUUCACUUUGUUUAUCCCGCCCUUUGAAAGACUACAAUUGAUCGGCGCCGGACUUCGAUCACCGUCGGCGUUUCUAAGCCGUCGCCGGACUAAGCCGGAGAAAAUCUCAAUCAAGUGAGCUAAGCACUCGGCGUUUCAACUUCUGGUUAUAAAUUUAUUAAAGCCUUUGCUCCAUUAGGUUAGGUAGAUACGGAUCCUAUGACUUCAGAGAUGGAACCAGUUCAGAUUAAUGGUGCACCUAGGAGACCUCGUAUUCUGCUGGCAGCAAGUGGAAGUGUGGCUGCAAUUAAGUUUGCAAAUCUAUGUCGUUGUUUUUCUGAAUGGGCAGAAGUUAAAGCAGUUGCAACAAAACCUUCUCUUCAUUUCAUAGACAAAGCUUCACUUCCGGAAGAUGCCAUUCUAUAUACUGAUGAGGAGGAAUGGUCCACUUGGAAGAAAAUUGGUGAUAGUGUGCUACACAUUGAGCUCCGCAGGUGGGCUGAUAUUAUGGUUAUUGCCCCUUUGUCAGCAAACACACUUGGGAAGAUUGCAGGUGGACUAUGUGAUAACUUGUUAACCUGCAUCGUACGAGCAUGGGACUACAAUAAACCCCUUUUUGUGGCACCAGCCAUGAAUACAUUGAUGUGGAAUAAUCCAUUCACAGAACGACACCUUAUGGUAAUUGAUGAGCUUGGAAUCUCUCUCAUACCACCAGUUUCAAAAAGACUAGCUUGUGGAGAUUAUGGAAAUGGCGCUAUGGCUGAACCUUCUCUCAUCUACUCAACUGUAAGACUCUUCUAUGAGUCACGGUCACAAUCAGGUGGCAUCAACUUGGCUUGAUCCACGGAUCAUUAAAUUUUAUUCGUCGGUUUGUACAAGUGGUAGAAAUUGUUGAAAUUCAGGACCUGGAACAGUGUUACUUAGCAUACACCAGUUGUGUUUAUUUUUCUCCUUAAUUAGUGUCAUGUUUGUAUCCAAGAGCUGACUUUCAAUCAAGUUUCAUGUUCAUUGUAGUCUAUUGACUCUGAAUAUUAUGCAACUCUAUAUAGUAACCGCUACUAAUUAUGUAUAUGAUCAUGAUUAUGAAC